AUGGAGUCGCCGCCGCCCAAGCGCAACGCCGGCCACGUCGGCGAGGACGGAAUCAGCGCCCUCCCCGACCACCUCCUCCUCGACAUCCUCGAGCGCCUCCACCUGCGCGAGGCGGUCCGCGCCGGCGCGCUCUCCACGCGGUGGCGGCACCUCCCCAGCCACCUCUCGCUUGUGCACCUCGACGCCGGUCACUUUCGCGGCGCCACAUCGCUCCAGGUCAUGGACGCGUUCACGGGCGCGGCGCGGGCCUUGCUCACUCGGGUGCCUCCCGCCGAGGGAGUGUGCGAGAGUGGUGCCCUCAAGGUGCUCGUCCUCAGCUUCUACACGUCUUCCCCUCACCUGACCUCAUUAGCACUUGCAAUCGAUGUGCCGUGCUCUGAGCUCCAGGAGCUUGAGUUCAUCGGCCUUUUGUGCACACGGAUCGAGCUCGUCUCUGUCCCCAAGCUUAGACAAGUGGAGUGCAAAUGUUGGCUCUUCAAUAACCCUCCAGUGCGCUUUGGCUAUGUUCCUGAGCUUCGCGGUUUAGUACUCGCUUCUAAAGCCAAGGCAUGGCAAGAGCCAUUCGCGCUUAGCGAAUGCCUGUCAACGAGUGUUGGUGCCAGGAACCUGUCAACACUGACUCUGUGUUUUGGGUACCAAAUGAUUUGGAUUCAGCCAGAACCUCCGAAGCAGCUCAUUGCUAUAUUCAGAAACCUGACCUCUCCAGUUCACUCCUCUCCGUCUACUCAUCUUCCCGCCGCGUCGCCCCCAUCCUCCUCAACCGCGCAUCGCCGCCGGCCUCCUCCCUCACCCCCACAGCCACCACAACCGACGACCUCACCUCCCACCGCUGCCCCCUCUCAUCCCUCCCCACGGCUCAUCAGAGAAGAAAAGUGGCAGAUCGAGCGGCCAGAUCCGCCUACAUCCGGCCCAGUUGCAACAGCCGACGACCGCGGUGAGGGCGGGCGGCACCAACGCGCCGCUCUCGGCCGUGGAGCUGCUCCCGCCGGGCCACCCGGACCCGUCCUUCGCCUGCUCGCCUCCGCCGGCGUCUUCUCCGAACACACAGCCGACGGCGGCCGGAGGCGGUACGCGCUUGGGCUGGCGUGGCCGCGGCUCCGUGAGGCCGUGCUUGAGCCCUUUGCGCGCGCCCACGCCGGCGUCCCCGCCUACGCCUACUACGGCCUGGACCGGGAGGCGAACGAUGUGAUGCUCCGGGCCAUGACCGGCGUAUCAGAGCCGUUCAUGGAGGUGUUGCUGGACGGGUAUUGCCCCGGUGGAUGGUUUGAGGGCGUGGCCACGCUCGUCAACGUCGGUGGCAGCUCCGGCGCCUGCCUCGGGAUAAUCAUGCGCAGGGUGCCCACCAUCCGCCAGGGAGUCAACUUCGACCUGCCGGACUUCGUCGCGGCCGCGCCUCCCAUCUCUGGUACCUCAUAGAUGUGCAGAAGUGCCUUGGACUAUACUCUGAAAAUGACCAACAUUCCGCUGUUAACAUCAGUAAAAAUCACUCAAGGAAGAAUAUAGUUGGUCAUCGGCUGUUAAGGGAAACCGUCUAAAAUUGUAAUCUCAUUUGCAUUGAUAUCAGUUUCUUGGUCUACUCUUGAUGGAGGCCAUACUUCAUUUUGUUUGCAUUUUCAUGAUUGCUUAUACCAUCUGUAAGUAGGCCAUAUAAUGAACAACUCAUCAACAGCGCAUAUCUCUUGAUUUCCUAGAAGGUGAGAAAUUCCGCGGACAAAGUUAAAUUGUGUCUGACAACACCAUGUAACAUCGGUGACUACAGGUGCAGAAGAACCUGAUUAUGUUGCAAAGCUAGACCAUAUAACAUCGGUAACUAUUUAUGCAAUAACAUCGGUAACUACAGGUUGAUCCAUUUAAUUUCUGUUGCUACAGGAUGAUCAACCAAAAGGAACUGAGUCCCCUGAUCUGUGGCGUGAAGAUGAACCUUAUUAACCAAAGAUCCGCCUGGGCGCCCCACUCAGACGUGCAAGGCCUCAAGUUGUGUAGGAGCGAGCUGAAAACACAUUCUACUUACUUGCAGGAAGGAAGCGUUUGUGUCCAGGGAUCAAAGAUGAACCUGAUUGACCAAAUUGAUGAAAGUCGUAUAAGAACCUUCAGAAGAAGCGUUCGUGUCCAAGAUGUAUGAGCGAGAUCAAGUGAAACUGCAACAGUUCUAAAGGCCGUCGAAGAUCACAAGGGCAGCUCGCUAUUGUACAGGACUUCGGUCCAUAAGGGCAGCUUGCUGUAGAUUUAUGCUAUACAUGUCACAGAAUAGGGAUCAAUAUGAGGCGUCAUUUGACUGAACUUCAGUCAGUACAUGUUACAGAACUUCAGUCAAUAUGGGGCGUCAUUGGAUUGAACCCCAGAAUUGUUUGACCUCUACACAGCGACCUUACAAAGAGAAUCCGUGUACAGCAUACCUGGGGCGUACCUGGGGCGUGCACUCCUAUCGAUUUGUUUAACCCCAGAUUUGUUUGAGCUCUA